CGGUCACGUGACGCAAACAUUUGUGCAUGAUGGCGGCGGCUAUAGAGAGUUUGCUGAAUGAAAUCAGUGAAUCAGAGGAUCCGAUCGAGGAGCUCAAGAGACUCCGUACGGCCGUUUUUGCGACGCCUGUAAGCGGGUUGAGGCAGGCGUUGUCUGGAGCCCGACUGGAGAUCAUAUUCAGCCUUUUAAACACAAAUGACAAAGAGCAGAUCGAGAUAUGUGUGGAAAUCCUGAGUCGUGUUCUGCAGGCUUUAGAACCCGUCCAGCUGGCUCAGAACUACAAGACGGCGCUCCAGAGUGGACUUAACCAUCCGAAUGACUCGGUCAAAGUGCUCACCCUCACACAGAUGGGGCGUGUUGUCGGUCACGCUGAUGGAGUGUCUCAGAUCCUGAACAGUGCAGAGAUCCUGUGUGAUGUGAUUCAGUGCAUCAGCGUCGAGCGCAUCGCUGUGGCCAAAGAGGCGAUAUCUGCCCUCAGUAAACUUAGCAACACAAAGGCGGGGCUUGAUGUUCUGUUUCACUCUGAUUUGCUGAACAAGCUGAAGGAUGUGAUGCUCACCAGUGACAUCAUCAGAUACAGAGUUUAUGAGUUGAUAGUGGAGGUGUCCACAGUGUCUCCAGUGUCUCUGGGUUACUGCGCCAACAGUGGAUUAAUCUCAAAGAUGCUGGAGGAACUGACCGGAGACGAUGUGUUGGUCAGAGCAACUGCUAUAGAGAUGGUGACCAAUCUGUCUCAGAGUCAACAUGGCCGUCAGUAUCUGGCGCAGCAAGGCAUCAUGGAUAAAAUUUCCAACAUGAUAAUCGCUGCAGAAUCCGACCCCUUCUCAAGCCUUUACCUGCCAGGGCUGGUGAAGUUCUUUGGGAGUCUGGCGAUUAUGGACAGUCCUCAGCAGGUCUGUGAGAAGUACCCAGUGUUCCUUGAGGUGGUCUUCUCCAUGGUGUUGAACCUUGACCCCACACUGACUCCUGUUGCCCUGGAUACGCUCGGAGUGCUCGGCAAUACUGUGGAGGGUAAACAAGUUCUGCAGAAAACAGGUGAGAAGUUCACAUCCGUGCUGAAGAGAAUCGGUAAAGUGGCCGCUGAUGGCGCCACUGAGCUCAGGGUCAGAUGUUUGGAGGCUCUCGCUCAGCUGCUCACGUUGCCUGUGGAGCAGCAGACAGAUGACCUGUUACUGUUGACCGAGUCGUGGUUCAACUGUCUGAGCUCUCAGCCCAUGCUGAUGAUCCAAAACAUAAGCACACAGCCCUUCCCAGAGCUCUACUGCAGCGCACUACGAAUCUUCACUGCCAUUGGCUGUCAGCCGUGGGCUCAGCAGCUGAUGAUGGACACUCCUGGAUUUGUGGAGUGGGUGAUGGAUCGCUCAGUGGGGACUGGAAAAGAAGCAAAGGAUUGUAAAUUUGAGCUGGUGGGGGCGCUGCUGAGCUCCUCCAGUGCCCGGGAGAUAUUUGGAGCACACAAUUACUUAAAGCUGAAGACCUACCUGAACGAGGGACCCUAUUAUGUCAGCGCCAUGUCUAUAGUCAUCACAGAGGGAGCCGACUGAUAUACAGAUUUAGACACAUAUAUACUUCAGUAAGAGUUUGAACUUUUUCUACUGUCAGAGGUUAGUUUUCCAUCAAAUGUAGAUAAAAUGGGACCAAAAGCUCUUUAGACAGUUUUCAGCACUUGGAACAUAUACAGAGUGCAUCAAAUGUUUAUACUUCCAGGUGUUGAUGCACCAUGAUGAAUUUGGUUCUGUUUGUAUCAUUAAAAGUAAUUAAAAAUCAUCAAAAUCACUUAUCAUUAAAAAGUAAAUUU